AUGGCUGGAUUGCAAGUCCUCAAUUCAUCCUCGUUUGUUCCAUGGGGGGAGGCUCCCCAGCACCACACUGUCAAACCAAUUUCGCUGCCAGGCCUCUCUGUCUUGGGCCUUUCCACUCCGUUCCGACUGGAACAAUCUGAUUACUUGCCGUCUGUUCGAGAACUCUAUCUCUAUUCAACUUCUGAGGGUCCGCGGCUUACCGAGCCCUUCAUUGCUCAGAUCACCAGUGUGACCUUGCACGGUCGAGCUGGUCCAGCUGGGCUAGAAUUUAUUCAGGCAUUUCCCAAUCUGAAGCAGCUGGUCAUCUGGUAUGGAGAUUGGAGUGAAUUCCAUCUCUUUGUCCCGUUGCUGAACAUUGAUUAUCUCAAACUGGGGCGGAGACGGUUUCAGGAUUGUUACUGCGGCGACAACGAUUACAUGCGGGUCCUGAGGUCUCCCGCAGCUUUGCAUGCACCCAAACUCCGCGUGUUGCAAUUCUUGGGAUAUGAAGACGAACGGGCGCAGGUACGCACCGAGCGGCCAAAGAUAUGGGCACACUUCCGGGAAUUGGCGCAGAGGGUCACUUUUGAGAUUCAGAAUACGUUCGGUGAAGUGAUAUCGGACUAA